AUGCCCACCCCAGAUCUUCCAGUCGAGCUGUGGCUCGAAGUCCUCGGUCUUCUUCCACGCAGCAUGCUUCACAAGAUGAUAGGGGUCAAUCGGACACUUUUCGAGCUCGCACUGGACGAUAUUUACCAAGAAAUUCGGUUCAUUAACGACGACAAAGAGAUGGUGAAGAGCUUCAAGCAGCUCAAACAUACGAACAUUGCCAACCGGGUCCAGCACCUGUUCAUUCGACCUGCCUUUCUUCCCGGCAUGGACGAGGAUGAACAACCAAGAAGUUCUUUUCGUAAAAGUCUCUCCUCGGGAUUCACCUAUGUCAAGAGUCACCUGGGGGUAACCUCUUGUUCAGAGACCCCUGAAGUUAUCGCGCCCAGCCCGUCCUCAAAGAUUCUUGAAGCAGCUAGCAAAGCUGUCAAGCUCUGUCCCAACCUCCGCGAAAUUACCAUUGUCCUCUACGACCAUGCUCUUACUCCAGCAUUUGCCGCAUUUCUUAACUCGAUGUGGAGCCUCGACUCGGUCGCUCCAAACCUGCUCAAGUUGAACAUUGAUACGACCCUUGUCAAGAUUCCGCUCCUCCUGAACCCGUUAAUUCGGUGUGCCGGCCAGCUAACCAAUCUGGAAGAAAUAGACAUCACGUUGUCGGUGACUCGCUUUCGUCAAUCCGAGGAAGAUUAUCGUCUUGCAAAGUUGGCCAUACAAUCCUUUUUGACUGUGUUUAAGGGCACCAUAAGAUCUGUAACACUUUCAUCUUCACUCAUUGUCGACCUCAGUUCGCUCUUCGACGGUUUUCCGAUCCUACCGAAGCUAACAAAGUUCGACCUUCGCACCAUCUUCCGAAACGAAACCCUUCCCAAUGCCGGUAGUCUCACUCGUCUCCUUUCGAAACAUGCUUCAAUUCUCGAGCACCUGGUCGUCAAGACGCGCCCUCGAGCUGCAACAAUUGAACGUUCCGACGAGAUUUACAUCAAGUGGCUCAACCCAAUCAGCAAACCGACCUCAGACAAACAACAUGGCUUUCCGCAGCUCGUCCUGCCAGCUCUCCGCACCCUCGACGUCGGCCUACGCGAGUCAGACCAACUGGGGAUGUGGCCAUACACUUCGGAGAGCACUCCCAAGCGACCGCCACUACCUCCGCUUUCCCAGGUCACCCCGAACAUCACGAACCUCACCCUGCAGGAUGUGCGCCUGACUUUCACCCGUGUUUUUGAGGUGGUCAAGAGCCUGACACGCCGAGAAGGUGGUGCCAUCCUGGAAUCGUUGAACGUCUCCGUCGACGUCCUUACGCCCCAAUUAUUUGACCUCUUCUCAUCGGAGCUGCCGCACCUGCGCUCCUUGACUGUUGAUCACAUCGAUAUCUCAUCCUCCACCGGAGAGUACGUUCUCCGCGAUGCUACAUUCUUUCACAAUGCCAUCCAAGCUCGCAGGUACCACAGUUGGCAGUUGCACUAUCUCCGGGUGACGAGGCCCUCGUACUCGAGUUGUACAGUUCCACAUCCUGACACGUUCGUUACGAGAAGUAUUGCCAAGAGUCUGCCUGACUCAGUAGUUGUUGAUACGUCGAGAGACAUUGCUUGUCAGUGCAAUGACAGCUAA